AUGGGAAGUCGCGGCGGUCAACAUCGUAGCCUUGGGGGACGGCAAAAGUAUUCAACUGACCAAGUUAUUGUUCAUGACUUAAGCAGAACUAUGGAGAGCUCAACGGUCCCUGGGUCCCUCCAUCAGACUCAUGAUUUCAGAUGCCUUGAAACUCGAGGAUCUUCAGGACACCUUUGGAACCUCCGAGCCCUUGGCCGCGUCUGCAGCGCUCUUCGACGGCUCUUUUGGUCCCCCCGUUCCGCACGCUUCGAGGAGAAAUCUCUACAGAAUCUCUUCCAGCUUGCAUCCUUGGAGAUGCUCCGGAGAGAUGAGGAUGAACUGUCCUUUCAUGAAGUUGGAGAGAUCUUGCUUGGCUUGAUCAUUUGUCCUGAAGAAGACUUACCACCGUGGCAGGAUCUUCAAAGCUUGUGCUGUCGUGUGAUCAUGAAGAGACUGGAUGCUCCGCCGAUUUACUUGUGUCACAUGUUCUACGCCUUCACGGCCUUGGACCUCUUUGAGUCAGGAGAAGCCGCAGAGGGAAGAGAAGGAGCUGAAGAAUCUCCAGUGCGUCAAGCUCAUCAGCGGGUCGCAGAGGCGAUCCUGCCUGUUUUCAGCGUGUGUCUCGCGCCAGAGGUGGAGGUCAUGGCGCAAUCAUUGCUGGCCUUGUCACGUCGUGCAUCCUCAGAGCACUUGAGUUCCUUAGGCUUUCGGCUCUUGCUCUUGGUCUCGCAGCGCGAGGCGGUGCGGAAAGCCAACGACUUCGACUCCAGUCGCCUCCAGCGCCUGGGCGCCGUCCUGGCGGCGGCGGCCUGGCCGUGGCGCUUGCGUUUGCUGCAACCUUGGUUUCUGCCGGAGCUCGCCCGGGCUCCGAGCGGCCAACGCUCUCCAUGGCUGCUUUCCGCGGCGGCGACGUCCACGGAGCCGGCAUGGCCGCCGUGCGUGGCGUGGCACUUGGAGCGCGAAAGCGGGGCGCAGAGAGCUCGAUGGGCGCUGGAAGAGGUCUAUGGCCCUGGGAAGCUCAUGGGAUGGGAGGAGGACCUUGGAUGA